AAGGGGCGAGGGGGCGCGAGGCCGCCUCGGUGAUUGCGGAUCGGCCGGAGAAGAUGGGGAGUUCCGGAGCGCGGUUCCGGCGGGACGGACUUAGGGCCGAGGCCAACUCGGCUCCUGAGCCUGCCGCAGCGGUCACCGCAUCACCCGGCGGCGGCCCCUUUAUGCGCUGCCGCCCGAGCCGCCGCCGCCACCGCCGCCGCCGCCACCGCGGUAGCUGCCUCUUCCUUCUAGGCUCAGCGCCGCCUCCUCAGCCGCCGCGGAUCCCUCCGCCGGAGAGCAAGAGCUCAGGCCUCGGGCUCGGCCGGCGCCUCAGGGUAGGACAGCCGGAGGGACUGCCUGCUGCAGGUGGACCGAGGGACGCGCGGGCGGGCGGCGCCGCCGGGGUGGGGCAGCCGGAGCGCGGGGUGGGCCCAGGCCGAGGGGCAGGUCGGGAGAGCGGGGAUUGGCGGGCCGGGGGAAAGGAGGGCCGGGCCGCGCCGGCGGCGGAGGGAUACGGGCCGCCCCUGUGAGUACCUCACGCGCCGUCGCCGUCGCCGUCGCCGCCGCGGCCGGCGAGAGGAUGACGCCGCGAAGCGCAGAGGAGAGAUCUCGCGAGACUUGUGGCGCGGGUCGCAGAGGUUUGCCAGUAGUGGUCCUUGAUUGCCUUGACUGUGGGCUCGGAUUGGCGUGAUACCUGAGAUGAAUAAAUGUUUAAAAGCGAAGGUUUUCCAGAUCACUCGACCGUCCCCAUAGCAUAAACCGACCGGGGAAGAGCACGUAGGGCCAUAGGAGGAAAGGACUUGUCCAAGGUCACACAGCUCCACAGUGGCAUAGCUUGGGACUUCCCUCAAGUCAAGAGUCUGGUCAAAUCUCUCUCGGGAAGCCGCGUGGUAACAGCCUGGGCACCUGCGGGACUAUGGUUCUACAUGCACACCGCCGGCAGCCCUGAGAUGGUUUUCCCCACGAAGGCCCCAAAUUACUGUGACUACUACUGGAAUCAAGAUGCAGAACUAUUCCAAAACUACCAAACGCCUUCACAGUACCUGUUACAGCCAUGUCCACCAACCAUCAACCUCCACAUCUCUGCUGCUACUGCAAAGUCACUUCAGUUGUGUCCGACUCUGUGCGACCCCAUCCCUGGGAUUCUCCAGGCAAGAACACUGGAGUGGGUUGCCAUUUCCUUCUCCAAUGCAUAAAAGUGAAAAGUGAAAGUGAAGUCGCUCAGUCAUGUCCGACUCUUCCAGACCCCAUGGACCGCAGCCUAACCCUUGACAAUUACUAAUUUACUUUCCAUUUCUGUAAUUUUGUCAUUUUGAGAAUGAUAUAUAAAUGAACUCAUACUGUAUGUAUGAGUUUUGAGAUC